AUGAAGCAGCUUGGAGAUACAUUGACAACGGAUGUCGAUACGUCACGCGACGAGACAAGACAAGCACAAAAGUGGUGGAAUAUACGAGAAAUAGAGGUAGAACGUGAUCUAACUGCAAGUCUACAACGUCGGAUGGAGACACAACGUGCACAGCUCUAUGCGUUCAAGACAGAGCAAAGCAAAUGGGAACAUGAGCUACAGUUGCGUAUUUCCAAGUACGCAUACGAUCGUAAGCUAUUGAGUGAACAUAAUGUGGAAUUAAAGGAGAAGAUUCUGAUUAUGGAGGAGAAAUUAAAUCAAUAUGAACGAGAAAUGGAUUACCAGGUGCACCAUGUGAUUGAAUUAGAAGGCAUGGUACAGGAGAAUCAGAUAAAUGGACAGCAGAUUCAAGCAUUACAACAAGAAAACGACGAGCUACAUUGGAAAUUGGGACAAUGGGAGAGAUUUUAUCAAGAAGAAAAGAAAAUGAUGGCAAAGAAACAUACGAUGCAACAAGAAGAGCUCUUGAUGGAAUUAGAAAAGCUGUUGGACAUUUCUAAACAUAAACUGAUGGAGUUACAGCAUGAUGGAGCUUUUUGUCGGGACCAGAGUACGAAAGAUGAACACGUUCGACAAGCUAGAGUACGACCGACAAAUCCAAAGACAGACGAUAGUUUGCUUGUAAUGAGGAUCAAGGAGCUUGAAGCGACGUGCAAGCAAAAGGACCAAACCGUUUACUCGCUAAAGACCAUUGUGGAACAACAAGAGACUGCAUUUGACGAGAAGGUGAAGAUCCUGACAGCCAAGUACGACCAAGUCAAGACCAUUAACAUGGCGUUGCAGAAACGGCUUAUCCACGCAUUAACUGAAGCAAGUAGCAAGUCAUAA